CACGUUAUGGUUUAGUCUAGAAGACCCACCUCCAAAACACCCUAGUGGAUCUGCUGUGCUGCUGCAGUGGACCAAUCAGGCGAAACUACGACCAACAACAACCAACUUCGUACUCCAUCACAAUGCCUCUCGCAAAAGACCUUCUGCAUCCUUCUCUGGAUGAUGAGCGAAUGCAUCACAAGAAGAAGCGACUCGUCCAGAGCCCCAACUCGUUCUUCAUGGACGUGAAGUGCCCAGGUUGCUACAAGAUCACCACAGUGUUCAGCCACGCACAGACCGUGGUGCUAUGCUUGGGCUGCUCCACAGUGCUGUGCCAGCCCACCGGAGGCAAGGCCAGACUCACUGAGGGCUGCUCGUUCAGGAAAAAGCAACACUGAGCACAGGAAAUGCCAUAUGUUGGAGCCCCACUCAGUGCCUGAACACACCGUGGACUCAAAUCAACUUUAUGAACGUUAUGUGGUUGAUUAGCUCAACACUAAUGUCAUUAAGACAUUACUUUGAUAGUAAUCUUUCAUGAAGAUUUAUCUUGUAUCAAAAGGAAAUAAAUGCAAUGUAAUUUCAUCUGAACAGAAUAAAUCAUGAAGCUGUUUAAAA